AUGGAGUGGCCGCUCUGUGAUCAAAAGGACUCCACGCGUGAUCACGUACAAACUACAAGACUCCCAUACGCUUCUUCACUGUUUCGUUUUGUGGUGGCGGUGCGCCAGGUGUGCAUAUUUUCUGCAGAAAAUGUUACUUGGUUAGCAGAUUACUUUUUAAAUGAUUGUACUGAAACCAGGGGAGGUGCUUUGUCGCCAAAAAUGAAAAUGAAAAUUUUUUUGAGGUGUUUGGCCAAUUCCGGUUUUCAGUCAGGAAUAGCAGAAGAAUUAGGCGUUCAUCAGUCGACAGUAUCAAAAGUAGUUACAUUUGUCACAACAAGGGUCACAGCAAAAGUUUCAUCAUGGAUCAAAUUUCCUCACACUGAACAAAAUAUUUUGCAGGCUUUAGAAGACUGGCAAAAUGUCAAUCACUUUCCGGGGGUCAUUGGGGUCAUUGAUUGUAUCCAUAUUAGAAUUGAAAAACCAGGUCGUCAUGGGGAUGAAUAUAUCAAUAGAAAAGGAUGGCCCAGUAUCAAUGUACAAGCGACUUGCAACGCCCAAGACGUCACCUUUAUUAGAAGACGUUUCUUAAUUAAAACAAACAAAAAGAGUUGA